AACAAUUUCUCAAUUCUUAGCACUGCCCGCCGAUGACCCGCCCAAUCGUUGGUAUUUCGCUACAUCGCGCACUCUGGCCACACUAGCCCUACACUGUUGCAUUUGCAUUUGCCCCCAGAGAACAGAAAAGCGAAGCGAAAAUAAAGCUGGGCGAAAAUAAAGCCAACCAAAUGGUAGGCUAAACAACCGUAUCGAGUGAACCUACCUGAGCACCAGUGUCCCAUCGAGUCCCAGAGAACGAGGAGGAGCAGCUGGAGCACCAGGUGACCACCACCAGCGGUAAGAGAAGUGCAGCGCAGUGCAGUGCAGUGCAGUGCAGCGGACAUGAACGAAGAAAUCGUGCGGGAGCGCAGCGGCGGCGAGGAGUCCUCCGUCGUCUCGCCCAAAACUGCAUCAUCGGCAGCAGCAGCAGCAGCAGCAGCGGCGGCGGCGGCGGCAUCGAUGACGUUGGCCUCGGCGGCCUUGGAAUCGCACACGACCGCCAGCGUCUAGCACACCCCCGGCAGCGCCAGCCCCACCACCAGUGGAGCAGGAGCAGGGGUAGGAGCAGGUGGAGGAGGAGCAGGUGGAGGAGGAGGAGGAGGAGGAGGUGGAGCAAGUGGUGGUGGUGGAGCGGAAAGAGCAGGAGCAGCGGGAGUAGCAGUUGCAUCUGCGUCCGGCGGGCUGUUGCAGGACAAGCUGCCACUGCCACUGCCACUGCCACUGCAGCUCCAGCUGAAUGCCACCGAUAUGCGCGAGCUGCGCGAAAUCAAGCAGUUGCUGUGGGGCGACAAUGUGCGCGAAGAUGUAUUCAAGCGUUGGUCUCAAGGAUUCGAGUUUAGUAAAGUGGAACCGUCGGCAUUGGUGCAGAAGCAGGGCGGUCCUUGUGCUGUGAUAGCGCCGGUGCAGGCGUACUUGCUUAAGAUAAUUAUCAUGGACAUGCCAGGCGUAAAGCUGUCGGAGAUUCCCUACGACAAAUGCCAGAACCUGUUGAUCCAGGCAUUGUGCAACAUCCUGAAGAAUUGCAGGGCGCCGCGCUACCGCAUCGUCCAUCUUAUGCGCCGUCGUGGAAAUGCCACAGAGGCUGGUUCAACCAAAGAGCGCUCGCCAGGCGUCGAGGGAGGAUCUGCUCCGGCUGGCCCAGCCGGAUCGUCGGAGUCGGCUGCCGGAGCUCCGGUGGAACUGGCGGCCGAGGCCACGCCCGCCUCGGUCAACGAGAUGUCCCUGGAGCAGCUCGACAAUGAUCCGCAUCGCGAGCUGUCGCCGGAUGAGUUCCACGAGCGCCUGCACACGCUCCACUUCGAGGACAUCGCCGCCGUGGCCCGCUACUAUAUGGAGAACUAUGGUCAGUUGGCGCACACAUACGGUGUGCUGCUGUUCAUGUACUCGGUGUUCCUCACCAAGGGAUCGGAGCUGGUGGCCGCCGACAUAUCGGACACGUCGGAGCCGCUGAUACACAGCACCUACGGCUAUGGCGCCCAGUCGCUGAUUAACCUGAUGCUAACUGGCCGUGCGGUGGCCCAUGUCUGGGACAAUGAGCAGGAUGUCGGCGGACUGAAGCUGCGCGGCAUCUGCGAGCAGAGCGACAUCGGGUUUAUAACACUGAUGGAGCAGAUGCGUUACUGCACCGUUGGCUCCUUCUUCAAGAACCCACGCUAUCCCGUCUGGGUGAUGGGCUCCGAUACGCAUUUAACCGUUCUGUUCAGCAACGAAAAGAGGCUUGUCUCGCCGGAGACGCCCUCGGAGAUCGGUCGUCGCAUCUUCAAAUCCUACGACCCGGAGGGCAACAAUUUCAUAUCGACCACCAUGCUGCGCGAAGUCCUCGCCGCCUUGAACCUGGUCAGCGAGCCGGCCUACGUGGGCCUCAUGCAGAAGCGUCUGGACCCGGAGAACUUGGGCAUCAUACUGCUGAACGCCUUCAUGGACGAGUUCUUCCCACUGGAGCGCCGCUCCACGCCGGAUACCUUUGAGUUGAUGCACUACAACGGCAUACCGGGCUCCAAUGAGAACAACAGGGUGCGCUACUAUUGCGGCUCGGCCAUUCUGCUGGAGGGCGACCUGAAGUCGAUCUGCACCUCGAACCCGAUGGUCACUUGCCUGCAGACCAAGUGGCCGAACAUCGAGAUCAACUGGCACGAUGUCCACAUGCCCUCCUUGAAUUGACGCCGUCAAGGGGGCCAGAACAAACAGCAGCAGGAGCAGCAGCAGCAGAAGCAGCAGGGGAAUGCGCGUAAGAAACACAGAACACCAAAAGGACGAGGGGACAACACAGAAUCUACUGGGCCGUCGAAGAAAACACAGCUGUAGUCGCAAGAAAUGCGACAAGAUGGGAUUGCACAUUUCUAUUUCAAACACCCUUCAAUUGUUGGUUUUUUUUUUGUAUUUUUUUGAGAACAAGCUGGAGUGGAACGCACCAAACAAACAAUUAAAACAGAAAACAUAGCAGCUAAACACUAACAAAUGCGCUUUCAAAGAGAAGCUGCAGCCAUGUUGAAGAAUCCGCAGAAGCAUAGAAGAUUUACGCCAAGCGUUGACUCACAAAACACUCAAACACAUAAAACACUCCAUAUAUGCAUUGCUGUAUGCAACAUGGACAAAAAACAACAAAAAAAAAAAAAACAACAAAAAAUACAAAAGAAUCAAAGAAAAAGAAGGGAAAACGAGAACCUACAUGUAAUAUGAACUAAAUCUUAAUUUCGAACAUUGUACGUUUAAAUUUGCAUUGCAAAAACGAAACUCAACUAAAAAUACAGGCAACACAAAAUAUACCUUUACAAAUAAACUAAAACUAAAAGAACAAAUCGUAAUUGAAAAUUAGACAAAGCAAAGCGAGGCGGUGUAUGAAGCGAAAUUAUAAAACAAAAUUUGUUUUUCUUGGCCUUUUAACAAAUAACUUGUAGUGCUAAACAAUUUAAUAUAAUUAAAUAAACACAGCAGAUGCAUAUAAUAAACAUGGCGAGAACAGGGCAAAUUAGUAACAUCAAAGCGAAAGAGACAGGAAAAGAGAGAGAGAUAAAGAGAGAGAGAGAGAGAGAGCAAAGCAAAGAUUACUUCAACGUGAAAAAAAACCAAGUAUAAAUUUACAAAAUAAUAACUCAAAUUAAAAUAAACAAAACAGAAAAAAAAAAAACAAAAACAAAUACAAAUACACAAAAUCCAAUUAAAAUGUUGUGCAUUUUUUUAUAUUGCGGAGUAAAGUGUCACUUUUACGACCUUCUUUUCUCAGCUGAGUUUUUGCUAUUUCCCCACUGCACUUUUUCCAAAAGUGUCAAACAUUUCAAUGGUCAUAAACAAUAUCUAUGUGUGUUUAAAUAAGCGUCCAGAAAUGGCUUUAAUAACCACCUUAUAUUUAACACCCCUAUCUUAAACGAUUUCUGGGUAAUACAAGCUACAUCCCCUUCCUUUAUUGUAGAUAUUAUAAAAGAUCGGUUGAUUUAAUCAUAUAUGGCUAUGAUAAGAACGAACAUUUGGACCCAAAACUUGUUUUUUGUUUUUUUUUUUGGAAGAACUUUUCCAUUACAUGUGAUAACCCAAACACCAAACCUAACUUGAUUCAGCUUAAGAUCGUUGCACAUAAGUAUUAAUACUGAAAAUUGGGUAGGCUAAAUCACGUCCAAAUCCAAAUUAUACAUGAGAUCCUAGGACUUCUUAAGUUGUCGUAAAAUGUUUACAAAUUAUUCCAUGUUGCCUGAGUUGCUUAUUAUAGGAUAACUAAACAUAAACAAUAGCCAUUCUGAAUGUAUUUAUUGAAAUAAAAUUUAAUUUAACAUUAUUUUCGGCACUAGGUUUCUUAUAAAACUGUUCUAACAACGAUAUAAUAAAUCUACUAUUGAAAAUA